GGUAAACGGAGGCGACGUGCGGUGACACCUACUGAAUAAUUUCAAGAACAAUACCCUAUGUUCACUUCAUUUUUAUUUCAGAAGAGGCAAGAGCCACUCUGGGAGUUGCUUUGAGGACGCCGCGAUACGAACUCCCUCUUUUUGGGGGCCGGGAGGCAUCCGAUAUAGAUACUGCCCGGAGAUGAUGACGCUGCCAAGUGCGGCAGAGGUCGCGGGGCUUCUGGCCACGGUGUCCGCUGGGAAAGUGGAGACAGAGGCAGGCAACGGUUCGCUCAACUCCAGUAUGUCAGUAGGAGACGCCGACUACAGUAGUUCGUACUCCGCUUACUCGUCGAUCUACUACCUCAACCACGGCGGCAUGUUUCAACAGCAGGGGAUGGACGUCUGGGUCCCCAUCGUGCUGUUCUCCGCCGUGCUUCUCAUCGGCAUGCCGGCCAACGCCGUUGUCAUCUUCGUGUUGGCGCGCAAAGGGACCUGCAAGUCCAACAUCAACAUAUUCCUGCUGAAUCUGGCCGUGGUGGACUUUGCCUUUUUGCUGUUCAAUGUGCCCAUCAAGUUGAACUCGUACUUCUUGUCGUCCAGGACCAUGUGGCACCUGGGCCCGGUCAUGUGCAAGCUCAGCAUCUACUUGGUGUACGUGAAUAUGACGGUCAGCAUAUUGAGUCUGGUGGCCCUGGCAGUCAACCGGUACAAUGCCGUCAUGCGCCCAGUCAGCUGCCGAAGCAACAGAAGCAAGGCACACGCUGUUGUGAUGAUUCUGGUGAUUUGGGUGGUGGCUCUGGCAAGUCAAUCGCCGGCUGCUGUGGUUGCAGAUGCCUAUACCGUCCCCAUGACGCCCCAGCAGCAUACCACCGUCUGCUUGGAGUACUGGCCCAACUACGAGGCCAUGCGAGCCUUCAAAGGCAGCAACUUCGCCUUCUUCUACUGCAUCCCGGCGAUCGUGGUGUCCGUGUGCUACCUCCGCAUGGCCCGGACCCUCCAACGCAGCGCCCAGUUCACCAGGUCCGAGAGCGGGGAAUCGGCCCUGGCGGCCGGGCUCCAACGCCAGCAGACCUCGCGCCGUAAGGUGGCGCGCAUGGUUCACGUCCUAGUCAUCGCCUUCGCCGUGUGCAUGUUGCCCUGGCACAUCUUCAUGUACCUCCUCUGCACGCCGUCCGUCGCCCCGAGCGACACUGUGCUGUUCUAUAUGGGCAUCUUCUGCCGACUGGCGAUAUAUAUCAAUUCCUGUCUCAAUCCGCUGCUGUACUCCUUCUUCAGCCAGAAUUUCAGGGCAAACCUGAGGAAGUCCUGCUCGUGUUUGAGCAAGAUAACGUGCCGCAAGAAGAUCUUCACGCCUAUCGAGGUGGGAUUCAAGGAGAUCGCGGGAGGUCUGGAUGAGAGCGCCAGGAUCUCUGCGACGUCAGGAAACCAGCGGUCCUUCACGUCUGUCCUAACAAGGGCUUAAUUGCUGACUGUGGAUGCAGUCUCUCACAAUGUGGUGCAGUAGUAGUAGUGUCAACGGUCGUAUGACUCAACAUUCAAAACAACUUCAAACAUUUCAAGCACCGAGAGAGCUUAUAGCCCGAGGUUCUGUGAUUCCUAGACCCUACGCAGAACAUCUACCAGCACACUAGACUGAUGUCUGCAGCACCCAAAGGACACAAGAUACUUACUUCUGGAAGAUGUGUUCCUUACAUCAAUAAUAAGGUGAUGUGGUACAUUUCUUAUAGCCGGACACUAUAAACUUGACGUCCAACGUUUGUGCAGUAAUAAGUUCAAAUCUAGAGAUAGCUUUAAAUGUGUUCUCGGUACUAUGAUCAUGUACAAUAUGCCUUCUCCAUUUAUGAUUUGAGAUACUAGCCUUAUUGUACCGGGUCUUAACAUCCAGGUCCUAUUCAGCAGGUCCUCGUUUCAAGAAGCUUGGUCUCCUCAUGUUGUGAGGUCCUUGGUCCUAAGAUCAUGUACUUGUAUAGGGCUCCUCCAUUUAUGAAGUAAAAUACUAGCCUUAUCCUAGCUGGUCCUAACAUCCAGGUCCUACUGAGCAGGUCCUCGUUUCAAGAAGCUUGGUCUCCUCAUGUAAUGAGGUCCAAGUUGGUCCUCAGAUCCUGUUUAGGGUGUCCCAUUAUGUAUGAAGUGCGAUGCUAGUCUUAUUGUAAUGGGUCUUUACCUUCAGGUCUUACUUGGCAGGUCCUCGUUUCAAUAAGCCUCGUCACCUCAUGUAGUGAGAAUGUCGCCUUUAACAUGAGAACUGCUAACAAAAAAGUCCCGGUCUUCUGCACAGAGCCAUUUACCUCAAAAGCUUAAUGCUCAGUGUGUGGAGCAAGUGUUUUCCCUUAAUGAUGCGAGGUGCCAACUCGAGGUGAAAUCAACAGGUCCUCGAUUUAAGAAGUUUGGUCUUCUGUAGUGAGGACCUCACCAUUUAACAUAAAUCAUGUUUACCUCAAAGCAGUUAGCGAUGCACACGGCUACUUGCCUCAAAAGAUUCCUCGGUUCAGGUAGAGCGGUUGUUCCUUCAUGAGGUCCCCACCUCAUUUUAAUGGAAUCAUAGGACUGUAGUGAGGACCUCACCAUUAACAUAAAUCUUGUUUACCUCAAAGCAGUUAGCGAUGCACACGGCUAUACUCGCCUCGAAAAAUUCCUCGGUUCAGGUAGAGCGGUCAUUCCUUCAUGAGGUCGGUCCCCACCUCAUUAUUAACGGGUCAAGUAGGGUCAGUAAUAGAGCGAUCCGUUAGGCCCCGCCCACUGCGCACGUGGGCAACAUCACGUGCGCCUCUCCAAUGGCACGUGCACGUGCACGAAUGUCGGACAUUAUUGUGUGGACGCA